CCGCGACGGGGGAGGGCCGAGGAAGAGCAAAGCGGGAGGUUUGCAAUGCAAGAGGAGUUGGCAGAGAUGGAGGGGAAGCUGGAGAAGGUUGCUUCGUGGCUGAAGAAGACCUUUGGGGAUCAGCCCAUCCCUCCGUACGAAGCUGAUGCGCGGACGGUGGAUAUUUUGUACGAGCUGGCAGAGUGCAAUGAGUCCAGGGAUGGGGACGUCCGCCUGUUAAUCGAGGACAUGAAGCAGAAGGCGGUAGAGUAUGAAUCUGACGGCACCUACCUACAGGAUCUUCUGACCGAGAGUCUGAAUCUUUCUUUCAGCAACAUGUCUAAGGGCAGCGCCAGCUAUCUGAACACAUUGGUAGACACAGCUUUAGCCCUUGAAACAAAGGACACUUCCCUUGCAAGCUUCAUUCCUGCCAUCAAUGAUUUGACUUCAGAGCUGGACGCCGCAGAUUCCAAAAACAAAGAGAUGGAGCUGGAACUGAGCACUUUGAGGAAGAAGCUCACCUCGGCGCUGGUGCUGGAAAAACGGCUUCAAGAUGACCUUAAGAAAACCGAAGAACUACUGGUAGUGGAAAAAGCGAAAGCUGAUAACCGGACCCAGAACAUGAAGUUCCUGAAGGACAAAGUGGAAGAUUUCAAAUUCAGAAUCAAGGCAGCAGAGGAACAAUUAUCUAUGUGUGGGAUGGAUGCUUCGCUGACUCACGAGUCUCUGGUGAACCUCUCAGAGAAACUAGCGGAAUUAAAGAAGCAGGCAGUACCUUUGAAGAAGAAACUGGAGUCGUAUCUGGACCUGACCCCUAGUCCUUCUCUUGCACGAGUGAAGAUCGAAGAAGCAAAGAGAGAGCUGGAAGCUCUUGAGGCCGAGGUUUCAGCAAAGGUGGAUAUGACAGCACUUUCGGUCCCUUUAUCUACCAAACGUCACUUUUCCUAAUGACGUGCAGAAACAAAAGGGCAGUUCUAUAUUGUAAAUUCUGUGGCUCUUGGCAUAUCUCUCUUAUGUUCAUGUGGCCUUUAUCAUCUCUCCUUCACCUCCCUUUCUCCACCUUUUUUAUUUUAAAAAACAUACAGCUUCGUAUUUUGCAUACAUUUCUAUUUC